AUGGACUCCAACGGACCUACCAUGUCCACUAGGACGUCGGGCCGGCUAGCUGCCCGGCGUGCUAGCGCAGCGAUCAAGCGGACCGCUGACGAGUUGGAGUUUAAUGAAGCGGCCGAGGUGACCACCAAACGUCCUCGUCGCCGCGCUGCAGUCAACCAUGCAGAGGACCCCAACACAGAGACCGAGUCCUCGCAAUCAACGAUUCCUAGUGAUCAUGCGGAAGAGGUGCAAGCGACGGAGAUGGAGGACAUUCUUAGCUCGAUGGCUGGCACCGCUAAGGAAGGGACUGAGUCUGCCCCAAAAACUAAGAUCACGCAGACCAUCGUCAUCCCCGCACCUCCAUCUCGUCAGCCACUGGUGUGGGCAAAAGGCCGCGGUAGUCUUUGUGAAGCCUUACCUUAUUUCAGAGCUUACAAAGGCAGCCUCCACUCAGCGGGUAAGGUGGCACAAGGCAUCCUGAUUGACUCAGAAGUCGACCCGCUGGAUGUCUUCGAUGACCAGGUCAUUAUCACGUCAAUCGGCGGUAAUCGGGUCAAAAAUAAAGAGACUGGCAGAAUGGUUCGUGCGAGGGAUACCGCAGACACUGCCAUGAAUUUCAAGUCAGCAUGGAACGCAUACGAGAACAAGACUCUUGUGGCACCCCCGCACCCUUAUGCCGUCCUUGGGUACUUCCAUAUUACCUACAUGUGGAAGGAAAGGCAGUUUUUCAUUGGCACCAAGAGCCCGAUUUCUACCUGGCGUAUGCGCCUCGAGAAGGCGGACUUGACCGAGCCUUCCUGGUGGGUUCCUGAUAGCCAAGAUGUCCAGGUCUUAGCCCCGCCCUCUGCAGCUGAGAGCAUCAAAGCACCAGUCGACAUCUGCGGCAAGUGCAAGGCUCCGAGCAAGGAGAUCUUUGAUGCUGGUUGGUUCUGCCUGAACCACAAGUGCAAAGACUACUAUCGGUUCCCAGAUGGCACGGGUGUUGCACUCAAGGGCCUCGCCUACACUGAGGCGUUUCUCAACGAGCGUACGCCUUUUAGGGGUCAGAUUCCCUCGGUUGUGCCUCCCAUUCCCGACCCAACCGGGCUUCAUGGCACAGAGCUUUCUCUUCGACGUGGCUUUGUGUGCCCAGAUUGCGGCUGCUGCAAUCGCCGCGUCUACUGGAACCGUUGGGUGUGUGAGAACCAAGAUUGCCAGUACACUCGCGACGCUCCCAUGCUCCACUAUCCCGAUGCCCUUCUCGAACAGGAGAAUGCAAAGUUCGAAGAGACAAUGCAGCUGCGAAGGACCAAAUACGGCGUGAACGAGAACUCGCUCAACGAGAUCGGGUAUGAGAUGGACCCAUUUGCCACGAUCUACCAGAGGGGCUAUCUCCGGUUUUCGCAGGCUCUUACCCUGGGUGGCUUCGAAGUCCUCUUGGGGUCGUUCAGCAUCUUCUCGGCAAGUGAGAGCGUCAACAGGAGACAUAAUGGCCCCGAUGAACUUUUUAGGACCCUCGAACUCAUCGACAUUGGUCUUCGCCGAAACCCUGCUGCAGUUGUUGGCCACAAACUUGAGGGAUACACCCGACACUUUCAGCAGAACUUCGGCGCGAGGUACAAGUUUGGUGUCGCGGUUCAAUCGACAGGCUUCUCCGAGGCACCGGAUGUGAUUCUCAUUGCCCUCCAACGCUUGAUCUGGGCAAAGCAGCAGGCUGUUGAUGCAUCCAAUGCCUUCAUUCGAGAGAUUGUGGCAAUUGGAGAGCUCGACCAGCAUUUAGUCGGGCCACAGGCUAUCGUAGCACAGGCCAACGACUUCAAUGAGCUAUUGGCUCUAGGAUACAUGGAGGAAGACAAAAUCAAUUACCAUGACGACGGCGAGAAAGAACUUGGACCUGCUGUCGCUGCCCUAUCGCUGGGCUCCCCAUCGACCAUGAGAUUCCGACCCAAACGAAACACCGGCUUCUUCCUUCCAACAAAGAACGACCGUGGAAAACCGUGUUACAAGGAAGUCCUCGAAGUCACCAUGAAGCACGGUGAUAUGAUGGUGAUGGUCGGCACCGAUAUCCAGAAAUACUAUGAGCACACUGUCAUACCCCAUGGGAACCGUCGCUUCUCGCUCACGGCUCGGUACAUUGACCCGGAGAAGAUGGACUCAGAGGAAGACAAAAAUGAAGCCAUCACCAGGGGACAAAUCCCCCAACGUGCCGCAGGCUUUGUUUACAACGGCUACUAA